AUGGGCGUUAUUGCUAGCCCAGAGCAGAACGCCACUGGUUUUACUCUUUGUUCAGACGCAUUCUUUGGAAACAGCCACGUCUUCAGCGGGACAAUUUUCAACGAAACCCGGGCAUACUGGACUGGACCUAUCCUCACGGCUGAGAUGCUGGCAAACAGCAAAAUCGCCCGCCAGACCAACUCCAAAGCAUACAAUCCAUCAUAUCGCUUUUCCCCAAAGACUGAACAAUUUAGUCUGGGGGAGGUUGCCGCGCCAGUUAUUGCGUUUGGAGACAUCAAAACGGGAACAGCCAACCGAAAACGAACGCCUUCCCACGGCCUUGGGAUGGAGAAGGCCAAUAAAAGUCACAACCCUACAGGAUAUCCUCAGCGUCGUGCAGAUGAUACAGAAUGCAACGAGCCUGAUUACCCCUUCGGCAUCUUCCGAGUGUACUCGCCGUCGGGAGUUUUAGUUCAGCUUGCAUUUCGAGGCGAGGAUCUUAUCGACAAGGUAGUAUGGCAAGCAAUAAACUUCUCUGAGGGAAAAUUUGGGUAUAUACUCAUUGAUCAAGGAGAGACUUUUAUAGAAACAUACGAAGCACCAGGGUAUCAUGUGGAGACAUCAAUCAAUAUAUAA